AUGGCUUCAAUCACGACUUUCAAUUCUGCCAGCGAAAACUACGACAGGCUGCUCGAGGCGGACACUGUGAACAUGCAGACCCGAGGCUCCGGUGUAGGCUCAUCGAACGGCGGCGAUGGCCUGGGUCCUGUCCCAGACAUCACCGCGCCGCAAAAGAUGAUCUCAGCCAUGUCCGGGAGCUUACUCACGUCACUGCUUGUUACCCCACUAGAUGUUGUUCGAGUUCGCCUGCAAUCACAACGGACACCAACUUCAGCAGUCGAUUUUUCAAAACUCGCGCUACGGACGACCACCCUCACGCCUGCACAGACCGCGGAGCUCGGAGUUACGGCAUGCUGUCGCGAAGUCUUUUUUCAAGGCAAUUCUGCAGAGCUUUGCAUCGCUGUUCCGAGAGGCGAAGGAAUUGUGGAACCAGCUGCAUCGUCAGUAGCUUCUGGUGCCGACUGCGCUGUUCACGAGGUGCAAAAGAAGACGUAUAACUCCACCUUUGAUGGCCUGCGGAAGAUUGCCCGUAACGAAGGCUUCACGACGCUUUGGAGGGGGCUGUCACCGACGUUGCUCAUGACCAUUCCCGCCAACAUAAUUUACUUUACCGGCUAUGACUGGCUUCGAUACAAUCCAGUCAGCCCACUUUCUCGGCUUUCCAGCGACAACGCACCUCUGGUUGCAGGGUCAACAGCCCGUAUUCUUGCUGCCACGGCUGUUGGGCCCAUCGAGCUAUUUCGAACGCGAAUGCAAGCUGCCCAUGGAACAUCAACGACGAAUCAUUUGGUGGAAACGUUCCAGGGUGUGCGGGACAUGGUGGCCACGCACGGCUAUGUGUCUUUGUGGAGAGGACUCACCUUGACGCUUUGGCGAGAUGUUCCUUUCUCCGCCCUUUACUGGUGGGGUUAUGAAACUAUUCGCUCUCGGUUGACAGAUAUGCGGGAGGACAGUCAGGGGCGACCAUUUAACCGAGCAGAAUCCCUUCAGAGCGCUCGACGGCGCUCCCAGAGCCAGGAGAAUCACAUGGAGACGUUUGUUGACUCUUUCACAGCUGGGGCUCUGUCCGGGACCUUGGCCUCGAUUGUAACAACACCGUUUGAUGUCGGAAAGACACGAACUCAAGUUUUUAGAGACGGCCCUAGCGGACUCGCCGGCAAAGCUCACGCAGCCGAGGAAAAGAACAUGAUGCGUCUGUUGUGGCAUAUAUUCAAGACAGAAGGCGCUCCGGGACUAUGGAAAGGGUGGAUCCCCCGCGUUCUUAAAGUCGCACCGGCAUGUGCCAUCAUGAUUAGCAGCUACGAGGUUGGGAAGAGGGUAUUUCGGGGCGUCAACGAGCGAUCCAUGGGCGAGCGGGAGGAAGACAACUGA